AUUUUUCAUCAAUGGCAAAACAAACUUCACCAAUCAUCACACUUCUCUCUUUGCUUAUUCUCCUCUUCAUGAUAUCAAUAACCACAGAAGGGACUAAAAAGUCGUCAUAUGGGGUACACAAUGUGAAUGACUACCACUAUAGAAAAUUGUUUGUAUUUGGAGACUCCUAUGCUGACACAGGAAACUUUUUAAACUCGCCAUCUUAUAAACCUCCGUACGGAAUCACAUUUCCUCAUCAACCAUCUGGAAGAUUCUCCGAUGGUCGUGUUCUCACCGAUUAUAUUGCUUCCACUCUGAAUAUAAAAUCUCCUGCACCAUAUUCAUUGAGAAAUUCAUCUGAUCUUCAAUUCGGUAUAAACUUUGCCUACGGAGGAACCGGUGUUUUUAAUACAUUUCUUAAAGGACCGAACAUGACUACCCAAAUCGACACAUUUGAAGAGUUAAUCAAACAAAAGAUAUAUACUAAAUCCGACAUUGAUUCCUCAGUUGCCCUUGUCAGUUUUGCUGGUAACGACUAUUAUCCAUAUUUGUUUAAAGAUGGGAUAAACAUCAAGGAAAUAUUAGUAUUCGGUGCUUCACUCAUAAAACAGUUGUCAAUAAAUCUUAAACGCAUCCAUAGUCUCGGAAUAAAUAAAAUAGCAAUUGGAUUAUUAGAGCCUGUUGGGUGUUUGCCGGUAAUAACUAAAACAUAUGAUAAGUGCCAUGCCGUUAUUAACUUGCUCGUCAUGAAGCACAACGAAGUGUUACUCCAAGCUGUGCAAGAUCUGAACAAAGAAAAUGAAUCAGUUUUUGUGACACUAGACCUCUACAAAUCUUUUCUCUCCGUAAUUGAAACAAUGCAGAAAAACUCAACCGUGGGGAAUGUGUUGCGACUGUGUUGUGUUCCAGAGAGUUCAAUUUAUCGGUGCGGAAGUGUAGAUGAGAGAGGACAAAAGAAGUAUAGUUUAUGUGAUAAUCCGGAGCUUUCAUUCUUUUGGGACGAUAUUCAUCCUACUCAAAAUGGCUGGGAUGCAGUUUACAAGAUGGUGCAAGCUUCUCUGUCCCUAUAAUUUGGAGAGAAAAGCCAUUUAUAAAUAUUGUCCUUGACUUUCAAAAACACCAAUUACAUGGUGCCUGAGUUAUUAAGUAAAGAAUAAGGCUAGCUAAUGCCAUUAAGAUAAAUAAAUCCUUUCAUGAAAAAAAAAAAAAUAAGUUCAUUUCAUGAUCAAUAUUUGAAUUUGAUGUUUUCACAUUCUUCUUCUUAAUUACUAGUAUAUUCUAAUUCAAUCCAAUUAUAUUACAUAGUAAAAUUGGAUUCUCUUCAA